AUGGGCACUCGUGUAUACGUUGGCGGCCUUCCACGUGAUGCUACUUCACGUGAGAUUCAGGAUGGAUUUAGCCGCUAUGGUCACGUGUCUAACAUUUGGGUCGCACGCAACCCUCCCGGCUUCGCUUUCGUGGAUUUUGAAGACCCGCGUGAUGCUGACGAUGCUAUUCGCUCCAUGGACGGUCGUGACUUCUUGGGUGGAAGAAUUCGUGUUGAGCUCGCCCGUGGUGGCAGCCGUCGCGAUGGCGGGGGCCGUGAUGGCGGCCGUCGUGGUGAUGAUGACCGAAGUGGCUACGGUCGUGGUGGUGGCGGCGACCGUUUCGAGCGUGGUCGCAACCCACCCCAGCGCACUGACUUCCGUGUUCGCGUGACGGACCUGCCGCGUGAUGUGGACUGGCGCAAUGUGAAGGACUUUCUCCGUACGGGUGGCGAGGUUACUUACUGCAACAUUGAGACCGAUGGCUCUGCUGUCGCUGAGUUUCAGACGAAGGACGAUAUGGAGGACGCUAUCAAGAAGCUGGAUGACACAGAGUUUCGUGGCAGCUACGUUCGUGUUGCACCUGAGGUAGACUCGAGUUCUACCCGUCGCUCGCGCUCUCCUGCUCGUGGUCGCUCGCGUUCGCGCUCCCCUACUGCACGUAAGGAUUCUCCGCGCCGUUCACGCUCCAGAUCGGUAUCACUUGCCGCUGCCAAUUCGCCCGCCCGUAAGAACCCUGCUUAG